AGGAAGUAGGACCAAAACAAAGGAGCGGCUGCCGGGAGCGGACCUGCCUCUCCUCGCCUCGCUUCCGCGCAAGUCCAGGCCCUGGCCGCCGACCCCGAGGCUGCGUCCCGCCAUGUCCAACAUGGAGAAGCACCUGUUCAACCUGAAGUUCGCCGCCAAAGAACUGAGCAGGAGUGCCAAGAAGUGCGAUAAGGAGGAGAAGGCCGAAAAGGCCAAGAUCAAGAAGGCCAUCCAGAAGGGCAACAUGGAAGUGGCCCGGAUCCACGCCGAGAACGCCAUCCGCCAGAAGAACCAGGCCGUGAACUUCCUGAGGAUGAGCGCGCGCGUGGACGCCGUGGCCGCCCGCGUGCAGACGGCCGUGACCAUGGGCAAGGUGACCAAGUCGAUGGCCGGCGUGGUCAAGUCGAUGGACGCCACGCUGAAGACCAUGAACCUGGAGAAGAUCUCCGCGCUGAUGGACAAGUUCGAGCACCAGUUCGAGACCCUGGACGUCCAGACGCAGCAGAUGGAGGACACGAUGAGCAGCACGACGACGCUGACCACUCCCCAGAACCAGGUGGACCUGCUGCUCCAGGAGAUGGCAGACGAGGCGGGCCUCGACCUCAACAUGGAGCUGCCGCAGGGCCAGACCGGCUCCGUGGGCACCAGCGUGGCCUCGGCCGAGCAGGACGAGCUGUCGCAGAGACUCGCCCGCCUGCGCGACCAGGUGUGACGGGCCGGAGGCUGCCGCAGGACGCCCGCGGACAGGCCCGCGAGGCCGCCUCCGCCCUGCAGCUGCCGCUCGUGGUGACGUGUAUUUUUAUAGCCGCCUUUUAACAGAACUGGUUGAGUGGUGGGCGUGGAUCUCGGCCCCUCGGUGACGCUGCCCACCGAGGAGGGUCCCAUCCGAGGCCAAGUGUGUGUGUGCGUGUGUCGCGUGUUUGGUGGCACACCGAGUGACAGGUGGUCCGUGAGAAUUAAGGAAGGGGAUGAUUAUUUUGAUUACACAGCUAUAAACACUUCGUUCAGUCGGCAGUGCUGUUUCUGUAUAGCCUUUCUUUCGAUUUUGAUUUGUUUGGUUUUUGCCAUCAAAGCAAGACUACAAUUGACUAUUUGUUCUCAUAACUUACUCUAAAAUUAUCUUAGAUCUUAAAAUAAUAUUCUCUUGCUGUUUACAUUCUAUAAAUUUUCAUGUGAUAAUGGAGUUUGUGUAACUGGAGAAAAUGCCACAAAAGUUAAUUUAUUGGGAAAAAUAAAUUUGUUCAUUUAUAUUUUCUAUUUACAGAGAGUUUUUUAAAGGACUUAGAUGUAAUGUUUGACAGUUUCCUAGUUAUUUCACGAUGUCAUCACUUUAAUCAGACUUCUCCUUAAAGUAUGUUAAUUAGCAUGAUAGUCAUUUUACACACCUAACAUUGCCAAAGAACAGCUGAUCGGUCUGGGGAAACCUUGGGACUGUAUGUUUAUAGGUUUCAUUUUUAUUUUAACAACCAAAAAUGAAAUAAAAUUAGUUCUAAUUAUUUUAAGUUCUAAUUAUUUUCACUUGUUAUUUGUCUUAAAGUAACAACUUUAAAAACCUUAAAAAUACAAGUUGUAAUGUUUGACUUAGCCAUGCAAACAAGGCAUGUUCCUCCGGCCAGCUGGAAGUGUGGGAAGGGGAGCCAGCUAGGGCUGGGGGUCUGAACGGCAUGCGGGGCUGGAUCAUUUCCCAAGGCUGUGUGUCUGGCUGAAGAGCAAAGCAGGCCUUCUCCACUCUGCUUGGCCUCAGAACAGGGAGAAUUGCACUUAUUUUGCUUGGCAAUUAAAUUAAACUAAGUUAAAUACUUGUAAGUUUUUAAAAUUCUCCUUUAUUCACCGGAAGAUUUCUCCCUAAGAGAAUUCUGGUAUUUCUGAAAAUAGGGACUUUUCCAAGCUCUUUGAAAGAUUCACCACCAAGUACGCAUAGAUAACAUGUUUUCCAGUGUGAAUGAAUGUUUAAGGAAAAAAGAAGCGUAUGCAGAUGAGGACUGACCUUCAUAGUAAGUUUUUUAAAGUAUAUUUGACGGGGUGUUGUUCAGAAGUCUGCUCUACGGGACACUUGUCGAUUGCCCAGAGUCUUCUGUCACAGGCCUUUAGCAGAUCAGGUGUCCUCUCAUCACUUGGUUUCCCAAAGGCUGCCUGGUGUGAGUACAGCAUGUGUCUUAAACCCUCUUUGGACUGGAAAAUUAUAAUUAGAACUCAAAAAAUAGCUUAGUGUUGAAUUCUUUGGUAUGUUGAAGACACUUUUGUAGUGCAGAUAUUCCCAUUAAAAUAUAUUUUGUGAGAUUAAACAAUUCUUGUAUAUGCUUGAACUUUCUUAAAAUAUGUUCAUUUCAUACUAUAUGAAUGUACAUUUUUUAUGAAUCAAAUAUUAUUUUCAAAAGCACCACUACAGGCCCAUGAAUUAUUUCCUCACUUUUGGAGUUGAUGCAAUGAUAAGAUGUAAAUCACAGAAAUUUUGUUAAAUAAAUUGUUUUAAACUGCA